AUGACUUCAUAAUCUUCAGAUCAACAAAAAAUAUAAUCAUUUCUUGACUCUCUUGAUGAAAUCUUGAAUGAUAGAUACGAAUAGUAAAAAGUAAAGUAUGCUAACGAGGUCAAUUUCGACAUUGAUAAUGAGAGAGACAUACGAACAGUUGCUUCUUCUAACAGCGGAAGUAAUAGCACGCAGUCUAAGGUUCCAUUAAUAGGGGGUUUUAGGUGGUCUGAAAUUAUCAGAGAGCCUGAAAGAAAAAGAAAAAGUAGCUCUCCACUUGAAAUUGUACAAAAUACAGAGUUAGAUGUCCCUCCGAGAGUGCAAUUGUAACUAAGUGAGAAGAAAAAACCAUUAGCUUAGGAGAGAAUAUCAUAAUUUACUAAUGCAUCGACUAACAUUACUAAUACAGUUGGGGACAGAACAUCCUUAUUCGGUAUCCUUACUGAUAGAUCUAGGUUUUCCUUUGCUAAUUAGGCACCACCAGAUUUAUCUAGACUUAGUAGCGCUCAUGAGAACUUACUUUUUGAUAGAAAAAUGCCUUAAUUACCUGAAACUUUAAGAAUAAAUUCUUAGGUAGUUGAUAGAAACAGUUCAAUUUUUGCCCAUAUGAGGCAGAAUUCAGAAAACAGCUUGUUUGAGCCAGUGAGAGACACGCAUGCUUAGACAAGUAGGCAUGGUGCUCAGAGACACUUGGAUUUCAGGGCAUUUAGUGAUGAUUUACCAAUCCAAUAUUAGAACCAAAACCUUGAAGAACUGAAUGAAGUUUCAAGUGGAAAAGAGGAUGAAGAGGAAGAAGAAAAAAAGUUCUCAUAAGAAGCACUAAGUUCAGAGCAUGAGAGUCGUAAGAACAGUUUCCAAGAUAGAAAUAUGGAUACUGGAAACCCUUAAUACAUCUCUUAGAAGUCUAAGAUUGGAAAUAAAACGUUACUGUCUCGGAAUCAAGGGCCUUAGACUGGUAUUAGAGUAAAUACUGACAAUUAAAAUAUAAGGUUACCAGUUAAUUACUCGCUAGGAUUAACUAGUCAAAAUGAAUAUUUAAAGCAUUCUUAUUCUGACGAAUUUAUUUUCGGGGAAGAAGUCUCAAACCAUGAAGAUGAAGAAGGCAAUGUUGAUAAUAGUGACGAAGAUAUCCCCAAUAACGAGGAAUUGCAUCCUUAGAGAGUAUACUAGCAUGGUAGAUAGCUAAGUGACAGUAAAAGCAAUCUUUCAGCAACAAAGAAUCCUUAGAGAAAAAAGACUAAUGAGACGAUUGUAAAUGCUUAACUUAAUCUUAAAGAUACUAGAUGA